GUUCCAGAUUCCCAGCGGUCCCUGAACGCACCUCCCGUAACCCGCUCCGCUCUGCGUCAACGGCGGCUCCGUUUGUUUGGUUCCUUCUCGGGCUGUUUUCUCCACGUUACCGGGAGGAAGACCGACCGGCCCGGCCGCCGUGCACACAAAGAGCCCCGGUUCAGGACGACCUUUACCUGUUUGAUCUCUUGCUCACCUGUAAACCUUAUUUUACUGACUGUUGGUCUGAUGACGUCUGACUGAACCUCCAUCUGAACCUCCAGCCUCCAUCUGCAGCAGCACAAUGAGCGUAUGAUGUCUGACAGCAGCUGCUAUGGCCUGCAGCAGCGGUCAGAACAAUGCCGAGACUCUGGAGGGCUUCCACGAGGUGAACCUGGCUUCGCCCACCACACCUGACCUCCAGAACCAAGCGGACCAGCGCCCCCCGGACCAGCGCCCCCCGGCCCGCCACAGCACCCCGCCCACCUCCCUGUACCGGACCCACAGUCUGGGAGCUCCUCCUCCGGGCCUGAGGGCGGACCAGCUCCCCACCCAGCCGGUUUACUCCACGCCUCGACACAGCCACAAUGGAAGCGUGCCGGGCCUGGAGGCGGAGUCGGCGGAGGGAAACCUGGGAGGCGACAUAGAGGAGAUGAGCGCUCUGAGCGACGGUCUGUCGAGGCUCCGGAGCCCCUCAGUGAUGGAGGUCAGAGAGAAAGGAUACGAGAGGCUGAAGGAGGAGCUGGCAAAGGCCCAGAGGGAGCUGCUGUUGAAGGAUGAGGAGUGUGAGAGGUUGUCUAAAGUCAGAGAUCAGCUCGGCCAGGAGCUGGAGGAACUCACCGCCAGCCUCUUCCAGGAGGCUCACAAGAUGGUGAGAGAAGCAAACGUCAAGCAGGCGAAUGCUGAGAAGCAGCUGAAAGAAGCCCUGGGCAAGAUCGACGUUCUCCAGGCCGAGGUCCAGGCCCUGAAGACGCUGGUCCUCUCCUCCCCCACCUCCCCCGUUGGUGAACUCCCCUCUGCAGGAGUAAAGACUCCCUUCAGAAAAGGCCACAGCAGGAACAAGAGCACCUCCUCCGCCAUCCUGGGCACCCAGCCCGACCCGUCGGCCACGCAGCCCAUCGUACGGGAGUGUAGAGAGCUGGACGGUCAGCUGUUCGGUGAGUUCAAGGCCUGGAAGGAAGAACCGACGCUCGACCGGAGCUGCUGCUUCCUGGAGAGAGUUUACCGAGAGGACAUCUACCCCUGCCUCACCUUCAGCAAGAGCGAGCUGGGGUCGGCCAUCCUGGAAGCCGUAGAGCAGAACACGCUCAGUGUGGAGCCGGUCGGUUUCCAGCCGCUGCCGGUGGUCAAAGCCUCGGCGGUGGAGUGUGGAGGACCAAACGGGCGAAUGGCUGAGCUCAUCACAAAAUGUGCCCUGAGCGGUCAGACCAAAACCUGUAAGCACAGAAUCAAGUUUGGAGAUUCGUCCAACUAUUACUAUGUGUCUCCCUACUGUAGAUACAGAAUCACAGCGGUGUGUAAUUUCUUCACCUACAUUCGCUACAUCCACCAAGGGCUGGUCAAACAGCAGGACGCGGAGCAGAUGUUCUGGGAGGUAAUGCAGCUCCGCAGAGAAAUGUCCUUCGCUAAACUCGGCUACUACAAAGACCAGCUGUGACCGACCAAUCACAGCAGACUCCCAGUUGAAGCUCCGCCCCCAUGCUCCUCCCCCAUCCAGGAAGCCCCGCCCCCCUCAGAGUGGAUAAUCUAUCCAUGGAGGACGGUUUUCACUCAUCGGUUCACAUUUACUUUAUUCAAACACUCCAAGAUGUGAAGAAACGGACUCGAGGUGAAAUAGAAACUGGACUUUUGCUUUAUUCCUCCCGUAUAAAAACGCUAAAACAAUGACAAAAAAAAUCAGUAAAUUAGAAGAACAAGGCUGCAGGAAGAGAUUUUAAGUCCUAAGUUACUUAUUAAAGACAAUUUUCUGGGCAGAAAUGAAGAUUUAGAGUCACUUUGUGAGGAGAAAAAUCUAGAAUUUACGGAAUAUAGUUGAGAUAUUUUGACAAAAGUUGAUAAAAAGUUGAAUAAAGCCCGAAAUUACCCAAAAAAUAUCUUAUUAGAAAUUUCACAAGAAAAACAAAUUAAUUCCAUGUAUAAAUAUCUAGUUGUAUGAAUUAUUAUGAGAAAUUGGGUAAAUUUUACACAAAAAACAGUAAUAUUUACAGAAUAAGGUCAUAAAAAACAACAAAAACACAAAUUUUCUCUAGAAAAAUAUCAGAUUUGAGAUUAAAGUUUUAUUGUCAAAAUAUUUACAGAGAAAGUUGUAAUUUUAUGAGUUUAAAGUUGGAAUUUUGAGAGGAAAACGCAAUAAAUUUGACAUAAUACAAGUUGUAAUAAUAAUAGUUAAAAAAAUAAUAAUGAGUUUUUACUCAGAUCUGAAACUUUUUUUGAUUUUUGUUCUGUUAAAAUGCAAAUUAAAUCAAACUAUUCUUCAUAAUAUGAUUUAUUCCUUUAAUUAUGAAUUAUUUCUAUUUAAUAUAAUUUUUUUUGUCUUCAGAUUGCAGCUUUACUCUCAUUUUGACUUUUAUCAUAAAAUUACAAUAAAAUAGCAGCCUUUAUUUUGGAAAUAAUUGAACUUCUUUUCUUUAAUAUGACAGCUUUUUUCAUUUUUCCAUAAAAUAAAUUACAUUUUUUUCCUGAAAUUACAACUUAUUUACCAAAAUAUUAGAACUUUUUUCUUGUAAAUUGUGACUAUUUAAAAUUUGAGCCUUUAAUUACAAAAUUAGGACACACCUAUCAAGAUAUUGACAUUGUUCUCCAAUGUUCAAUUAUUUUUUUCUUUUAAAUAUACAGCUUCAUUUUUGCAGUAGAUAUUUUUCCUCAAAAAUAUGUAGAAUUUCCAGUUAAAUUUCUCUGAUAUUGUGAUAUUUGUGUUAAAAUAUGCUAAUUAUUCCAUAAAUCUUGUUUUUCCUCACAGUGGAUCUAAUAUCUUCUUUUUCUGGGUUUCUGUCAUUGUGUUUCAGAGAAAUAAGACGUUAAAACAAUCAGUUGUUGUUUAUUAAACCGUGUAAAAGCUUCUAUUUAAUGUGAGUUUAUUGAGGUAAAGAUAAUCAGAAGGGAUCAUUUCUGGUGUUUUAAAGCUGAAAAAUGACGUUUAUUUAUCGUUUCUUCUGACGUUUAGUUUCGAGGAUGAAAAACGAAAUAAACGGAUUUUCUGACGCCUUUAAAUUCUGAUAAACAGCUGCUGAUGUUUGAGGAUUCGUUGUGUAGAUAUUCAGACUGUGUGUGUGUGUGCAUGUGUGAGAGAGUGUGUGUUGUUGUGUAACUUUCUAAAUGUUAAUUUAAUCUCUGAAUCUCUCCCACUUCUAAAGUCGCUCCCGGUUUGGUUUUAGUGCCUUUUUCUCUCAGACACUCUGAAAUAAAACAGUGAUACCUCUGGAA